GCCGACCGGAAGUACCGCAACCAAAGAAGGACCAGACGGAAGCUUUGCAGAAAUGGCGGCCACCGAAAACAGUGUGGAGAUGAAGCGAAAAGCUGAUGAUAGUCAGGAGAAGGAGAGAGGUGCUGAUGGGGAUGGAGAUGGAGAAGAUGCAGACUGGGUCGGACCCAUGCCAAGCGAAGCCACGAAAGCUAAAAAGAGAAAAGUGCUCGAAUUUGAACGUGUCUACCUGGACAACCUCCCAUCAGCUGCCGUGUAUGAGCGGAGCUACAUGCACAGAGACGUCAUCACACACCUGGUCUGUUCAAAGACAGACUUCAUCAUCACCGCCAGCCAGGACGGCCAUGUGAAAUUCUGGAAGAAGAAAGAGGACGAGGGAAUUGAGUUUGUGAAACACUUCCGCAGUCAUCUCUCUGUGAUUGAGAGCAUCGCGGUGAGCGCAGAAGGAGCUCUGUUCUGCUCCGUCGGGGACGAUCAGGCCAUGAAGGUGUUCGAUGUGGUCAACUUCGACAUGAUCAACAUGCUGAAGAUGGGGUUUCAUCCAGGUCAGUGUGAGUGGAUCUACAACCCGGGCGACGCCAUCUGCACCGUGGCCUGCUCAGAAAAGCCUACAGGAAAGAUCUUCGUGUACGACGGCAGGGGGAGCAACGAGCCCCUUCACCUCUUCGACAGGCUGCACUCCUCGCCGCUCACCCAGAUCCGCCUGAACCCCAGAUUCAGAGUCAUCGUGUCGGCCGACAAAGCGGGAAUGCUGGAAUACUGGACGGGCCUCCCCAACGAGUUCAAAUUCCCCAAACACGUGGGCUGGGCGUACAAAACGGACACGGACCUGUACGAAUUCGCCAAGCACAAAACCUAUCCCAUCAGCCUGGCCUUCUCCCCCGACGGGAAGAAGAUGGCCACCAUCGCGUCCGACAGGAAAGUCCGGAUCUUCCGCUUCCUGACAGGGAAGCUGAUGAGAGUGUUCGACGAAUCGUUGACGAUGUUCACAGAGCUGCAGCAGAUGCGGCCGCAGCUGCCCGACAUGGAGUUCGGCCGGCGGAUGGCCGUGGAGAGAGAGCUGGAGAAGGUGGACGCCGUCCGCCUGACCAACAUCAUCUUCGACGAGACGGGCCACUUCGUCCUCUAUGGGACCAUGCUGGGCAUCAAGGUCAUCAACGUGGAAACGAACCGAUGUGUGCGUAUCCUGGGGAAGCAGGAGAACAUCCGGGUGGUGCAGCUGUGCCUGUUCCAGGGCGUGGCCAAGGCCAUGGAGGUGGCGCCCACUAUAGAGAUGAAGGCCUCCGACAACCCCGCCCUGCAGAACGUGGAGCCCGACCCCACCAUCUUCUGCACCGCCUUCAAGAAGAACCGUUUCUACAUGUUUACAAAAAGAGAACCAGAGGACACGAAGAGCGCCGACUCGGACAGGGACAUCUUCAACGAGAAGCCUUCGAAGGAGGAGGUGAUGGCCGCCACUCAGGCCGAGGGGCCCAAGAGAGUGUCGGACAGCGCCAUCAUCCACACCACCAUGGGCGACAUCCACCUCAAGCUUUUCCCCGUGGAGUGUCCCAAAACCGUGGAGAACUUCUGCGUUCACAGCAGGAACGGUUACUAUAACGGUCACAUUUUCCACAGAGUCAUUAAGAGCUUCAUGAUCCAGACCGGAGACCCCACCGGCACAGGCAUGGGUGGGGAGAGCAUCUGGGGAGGCGAGUUCGAAGACGAGUUCCACUCCACGCUGAGGCACGACCGCCCGUACACGCUCAGUAUGGCCAACGCAGGCGCCGGCACCAACGGCUCCCAGUUCUUCGUCACCGUGGUACCCACACCGUGGCUCGAUAACAAGCACACGGUGUUUGGAAGGUGCAUCAAAGGGAUGGAGGUGGUGCAGAGGAUCUCCAACGCUAAAGUCAACCCCAAGACCGACAAGCCCUACGAAGACAUCAGCAUCAUCAACAUCACCAUCAAAUGAUUCGCUCUGUCAAUCGCCUGUACAGUGAUGGACGUUUUUACAGACUUAUUAAAAGAAAACUCUGGA